AUGAAGCAGCAAGCAGAAGAGAAGAAAGACGCUAUUGAGAAGCCAAUAGCACCAAUGCCUCCUCCUCCUCCCAUGCUUGAAAGGAAGCCUUCACUUGAUGCUGAACCCAAAACAUUACUUCAGGAGGAGCUGAAUUUAGCAAGGGAGGCAGCCCUCAAAAUCAUCAACACUCACACUAAAGAAGAAGCCCUGAAAAUCUUCAUGAAGGGUUUGGUGCCAGUGACAAGCUCGAAGCAGGCAACCGAGGAUGCUGCUGUGUCCGACUGCGAUGAUGAGUGA